GCGGCUGUAGCUCGACUUCACUGCUGACCCUCGAAACGCGCGAGACUAUUCGGACCCUGAGCCGUGGAUUUUAAACGUGCGGAAGGCUGUACGAUCCUUGGCAGUGAUCUGAGACUGUACAGUCCACUUUCGCCCUGUUUGUUCGCUUCUGGAAUGGACUUUAUUAUGUUUUAGGAUCAGUUGUGCGUUUUUGGGGUGUUUAAAGCGAGCAGACGGUGUUGUCAGCGUGUCCUCUUCGCAAAGAUAUCGGACCGCUGUUGAACUUCGGAGAUAACAAGGGAACAGUGACAUUGAGAAAGAGAUGACAGUGGAAAAAGAGAAGAAGAGAUGCAGUUCAGACCGUCGUAAGGAGAAGUCUCGAGAUGCGGCGCGCUGCAGGCGCAGUAAAGAGACAGAGGUGUUUUAUGAACUUUCCCACCAGCUGCCUGUCCCACACAGCGUCAGCUCACACCUGGACAAAGCGUCCAUCAUGAGACUGGCCAUCAGCUUUCUGCAGACACGUAAACUUCUCGAAUCAGGCCGUGUCACAGAGACGUCAAAGAUGGACAGAAUGAUGGACAACUGGUAUUUGAAAUCACUGGGCGGAUUCAUUACCGUGGUGACAUCAGAUGGAGACAUGAUCUUCUUAUCAGAAAACAUCAACAAAUUUAUGGGCCUCACACCGGUGGAACUAACAGGGCAGAGUAUCUUCGACUUCACUCACCCCUGUGACCAUGAGGAGAUCCGUGAGAACCUCAGCAUCAAAGCCGGCAUGGGGAAGAAAGGCAAAGAGCUAAGCACAGAGAGGGAUUUCUUCAUGAGAAUGAAAUGCACAGUCACGAAUCGCGGUCGCACAGUCAACUUAAAGUCAGCCAGCUGGAAGGUGCUGCACUGCACAGGGCAUCUGAAGGUGUGUAACGGCUGCCCUACGCGGGUGCUGUGUGGUUUUGAAGAGCCGCCGCUCACCUGUGUGGUCAUGAUGUGCGAGCCCAUCCCACAUCCCUCAAACAUCGAUACGCCCCUCGACAGUAGAACGUUUCUGAGUCGCCACAGCAUGGACAUGAAGUUUACUUACUGUGAUGACAGAGUUACAGAGUUGAUAGGCUACAGUCCUGAAGAUCUUCUUGGUCGAUCUGCCUACGAGUUCUAUCAUGCUCUGGACUCCAAUAGUGUCACCAAAAGCCACCAGAACUUGUGCACUAAAGGCCAGGCAGUGAGCGGUCAGUACAGGAUGUUGGCUAAGCAUGGGGGUUACGUGUGGGUGGAGACCCAGGGUACCGUCAUCUACAACAGUCGUAACUCCCAGCCACAGUGCAUUGUGUGCGUGAACUACGUUCUGAGUGACAUUGAGGAGAAAUCCAUGAUCUUCUCUAUGGAUCAGACUGAGUCUCUGUUUAAGAGUCAUCACUUGGCAGGCAAAACGCUCUUCUCCAAACUCAAAGAAGAACAUGAGGAUCUGGCCCAGCUGGCACCUAUACCUGGUGAUACCAUUAUCCCGGUUAACUUUGGUCAGCCCCAAUAUGAGGAGCUCCCAUUAUACAGCAGCGUGUCUUCGAUUGCUCCUCCUGCCUCACAGUCUUCUCAUAAGAAGAACUACACUGGAGACCUGCCCAAAAUGGCCGCCACUUUCUCUGUGCCUCAAGCUUCCCCGUCAAGCAGUGCCACUCCCACCCUGAGCACCUGCUCUACGCCUAGCCGCCCAGAUGAUUACUACGGUACAGUGGACAAUGAUCUGAAGGUGGAGCUCACUGAAAAACUGUUUUCCUUGGACACACAAGAGACAAAGUCUUCUUGCAACCAAGAGACUGAUCUUAGUGAUCUGGACUUGGAGACGCUGGCUCCCUACAUCCCCAUGGAUGGCGAGGACUUCCAGCUGAAUCCCAUCUGCCCGGAAGAACCCUCUACUGACAUUGGAGCUCUGGGAACUAACCAGCUAAGCUUCAGCAACAUUACCAGUCUCUUUCAACCCUUGAGUCCCCCCUCAGCCCCACAGUUCCAGCCUAACAUGAGCUCAGGAGGAGAAAAGCAGACCAUCAAUGGAGGCUCAGUGGAGUCAUGGCAAGCACCUCCCUACAGUCAUGGGCCCAUGCAAAUGCCUCCUUAUCACGAUCCAGCCAGCACCCCUCUGUCUUCUAUGGGAGGGCGUCAAAAUCUGCAGUGGCCUCCUGACCCUUCAUUACACACGGCUGGAAUGAUGGAUCCUUUAGCUGCGAAGCAUUCUUGCCAAACCAUGCCACCCAAUCGAAUGCCACAUUAUAUGCAAAGACCCAUGGAGAAGUUUGCGCAGAACUACAGAGAUAUGAGUCCAGCUCAACUCGCUCACACUAACAACUUCAAGCGCUCGUUCACACAGAUGGCCAUGGUUGAGACACCGUCCACUACGGCACAUCAGACAAUGUGGAAGAGACUUAAGAAUGAGAACUGUGCCGUAAUGGACAGAAGCCCUCUCAGCAAUAGGGCUUUAUCAGACAAAGGCAUGAUCCAUAGUGGAGGUAUGGACCACCAGCACAGCAAGAUACAGUAUCCAGGUAAUGAGGCCAGACAGAACGCUGCAAAAUGCUAUCGAGAGCAGAGCUGCACCUACAGAGACUUCAACAUACAGACUUGUACAAAAAUGGACGGAAUCGCAAGUCGUCUUAUCGGGCCCUCCUUCAAGACCUACUCUCUGCCCGAACUGACGCGUUAUGACUGCGAGGUCAACGUCCCCUUGCAUGGAAAUCUUUAUUUGCUCCAGGGUAGUGACCUACUGAAGGCAUUAGAUCAGGCCACCUAAAGCAGUCUGUAAAGUGAACAGAGAUGCAGUCAGUCUUUCUUAAGCUUAUCUCACUAUCGUCAAGCUGAUAGUAACUAUCCCAGCUUAGCACAUUUACUCUUAUACACUCUCUCACAGUGACUGGAUAGACGGCAAAUGUAGCUUUGUGUCUAUUUUUAUUCUCUACAUCUUCAUAAAUUAUAUACAUGCGCUAUUUUUUUAGUUAAAAUAAAGUUUCUGAAUGAACGUAAGUAUUUUUGGAGGAGUUUAACUGUGGUGUUGUGACUUUGGCCAGCUGGUUGUCUGCUUUUGGUGAAGACAUCUUCCGUAAAUUCUCAUUUGGUCUUCAUGUUAUCUGUCAAUGAAAAAAAAACACAAAAGGAAAAAUAUCUACUGUAAUUUCUCCAGUUUGCUCUAACUUUCCUACCUCUGACACAUUAAGCCUUUUCUUCACUGACCACUUUCAAAACUCAUGUUGGAAUGAUUUUGUGCCUUAUUUUGUUUAUUUAGUGGCUUCCUUUUUGUGUCGGUUUAUUGCCUUAUUCUGGAGACCACUCUCAAUACAUGUAGCUGUAAGCAUACAUAUUUAAAGCAAAGCUUUAAUCUUAAGAUUUCUACUAUAGAUUUCUAUACUUUGAUGAUAAAGUUAUGUGUCGUGGCGCUUAUUUGUCCUGGUACUUUGUCUUGUCUAUUCAGUAGAUGUGAAUCAGAGUCCUUAUAGUAAAAAAGCUGUAGUGCUUGUGUCCCGUGUUCGUUCAUGGUGGUAUUUAUUUGCAAAUAUGCAAAUGAAUAUUAUGUUUAUUGGCAGGCCAGUACAAUUUGAUUUGAAAGUAGAAAUCGGAGUAAAAUGAUUCCCAGACUCUUUUUUUUUAGACAGGUUAUGUAGCAUAUUGAGGGCUUGGAUAUGAGUUUAUUUGAGCAGUUUCUUGCUGUUGUGAAAAUAUUGCGUAACGCAGUUUUGCUCACACUUGUUCUUACAUUAUAGCAUUAACUAUCUUUAUUCUAAUUGAGUUUAACGUCAACUCUGAGGUUGUCUUUAAAGUUGAAUCGUUCCGUUUUCAUAUCCGCAUAUUAUUUGAAUACUACUAGUUGUAAUAUAAAGACAGAAGAUAUUUAGAUGUGAUGUUCUUUUAUGCUUAUCACGGAUUCACAAACACACAACCAAACACAUCCUCAUGUGUCCUUUGGUAAAUUUUAAGCCCUGGUGAAAACAGAGUGGCACGUGACAAAGAUUAAGAACAAUUUAUGCUACAAUGAGCCUGUUUUGUUUUGCAGACUGGAGAUGUUUAGCUGUGUGAGAUGCUUUCUGACAGUUUGUGUGCAUGCACAACUGAGCAAAGCUUAUUUAGGAGAGGGAUGAGGUCAUGAAACCUGUCAGAUACACGCCUGGGUCAUUCUUCACCCCAACAUCUAAAGUAAAAAUUGCAAAAUCACAAUAGUAUAUAAAAAUGUGACUCACAAUCAUCCCCUAAACCCACAAAAAUAUAUUCCAAGAUUCUCAGUAGUGCAUUUAAUCCUUAGUGUAAUAGGAUUAAAUGAUGAUAUGUCUAUAUAUUGGGGUGGUACUUUUAUAGUGUGUUGUACAGCCGUUGUCGAUUAAAAAAAUCUGUAAUUGCAGUUACAAAAAUUCAAUAAUAAUGAACACUGAGAAUGAUAGCAAUACAAAACAAUCAUAGUAAUGAGGACGUUAAGGAAAAUGUUUCCUAUUUGUCCUGAAUACAUUGUAAAUUAAGUGCAAAAUAUCCUAAUGAUCCAAAAAGAUCAACAUUUGUCCAAUUUUAUUUAUCCAAAAUGUCUUUCAAUUUUACUUUUGAUUUUGGAAUUAGAUUUGACAUGGGCUGUGUUUAGUGAGACAGAGAUGCUUAAUGUUGUUCAUAAAUGUGUAAUAUGUGCCUUAUUUUUCUAAACAGUCUAUUUAGCAUUUGAAUUGAUUUGUAAGUCCUGUUACAAAAAGUUUAUUUUAGUUCACAUGUCAUAGUUUGCUGUGAGUUAACCCAUGUUCCAUUUGUUAAGGCAUUUUAGGAAAAACAGCGGAGACCAAGCUGAAACUGAGCUGCACAGAUGUUGCAGACGGGAGGGGGUUUAAAACAAGAUCUUGAAAAUAUAUUUUAAUUUCAGGACAGUCUAUCUGAAACUGUGAUAGACAGUUACACUAGACACAAUAUGAGUAUAUAGACAAGACACGUAAAGAGAUAACAGGUGAAUAAGAAGUGAGGGACAGACAGAGAGAUAGUUACUGUUCAGUCUGUCCACUGAUGCAGAUCUCUCCAGCCUCUCCACAUCUUGAGAAAUAUAAUAGAUGGCUGUUAAGGGUGUUUAAGGUUAUGCAUAUUUUCCCCCAAAUAUUUUAUUUUAAAUCAUAAAGGUUUUUUUUAGAAAUAGCAUCUAUAGUGAAAAAAGUCAACUCAGCACAUUACAGUGUUUAAUCCUCGUUUUAUUAAUUAAUUAUUUUAUCACAACCUAAUAAUGGCAAUAAUCUCACAUUAAAACUGUUAAAAAGGUGCCUUAACAAAAAAACAUUUAAAAGCCAGUGAGCCCUACCCAUUUAGCCAUAUCGCACACAAAACAGCAAUGCUUUAUAUUUAUUACUUGAAUUUUAAGAAAUUAAUGCCAAAGUUAAAGUCUCACAAAAAACCUUUAGUUCAGUGGCUUUCCCUAACUGCGAAGCCAUGAUGUUGGUGUUGACUUGAGGCUUCUCAAUGCGUGCAGAUUGCAGUGGUAAAUUUUUAUUCACCAAUCUCACACCCUUGCUAGGCAGAAAGUUCAAAUAAAUCUGUCCUAACUUUGAUCUGAUUGGUUUUUCUUCAACUUUAAAGACAACGUUAGGGUGCUGACGUAAUAAAUAAGUGGUUUAUUUUGACAACGUGUGCUCUAUUAAAAUGAUAGAUGUUUUAGUCACGUUAAGCAAGUACGUGCAUAUUUUAAUAUUCUAGAUUUAUAUUGACAUUAUUACUGUUGUUAAGAUUAUUGUUGACAUUACUGUAUGGGAAAUUUUACCCAAUAAGAAGUUGUAUCUCUGCACUGAUAUCUUAUUAAAGCAUAUCAAUUCCA